AUGGAAGAAAAAACACAGACUAGAACUGUAUCCGAUGGAAAUGGGAUAGGAAGUCAUGAUGAACCAUGGCAUGCACCUAACUCUUGUGUUAAAACCAAAAGCAUUGGAAAUGGGGACAUAAAAAAUGACAAAAAUAUAGAAACUUCUGUUUCACAUGUUAAACAUGGCACAGAGCUUGAAAAUGGUCAAAGAGAUAACUUGAAUUUAAUUGUUAAUGAAAGGGAUCAUGGGGCAUUUGAAAUAGAAGAUAAACAUAAUGAUGAAUUACAGUCUUCAGGUUUUCGUGAAGCUUGCAAUGAAGAAAGGUGCAAUCUUUCAGCUGCUGAUUCUUGUAUUACCGAAAAUGUCCAAAGAAGAGAUUCUCUGGUUUUAGGCAGUGAUAACCAUGACUCAGAAGAGACUGACUCAAGAAGUGUGAAAGUGAAGAGGGAUGCAACUAAGAGAGUCCUCAUUUAUAAAGCUCUGCCUGUCUUGACCAUUGAUCUGAAGAGAUUUAGCCAAGAUGCCCGUGGUCGCUUAAGUAAAUUAAAUGGCCAUGUCAAUUUCAAAGAAGUAAUGGAUAUUAGACCAUAUAUUGAUCCCAGGUUCAUUAAUGAAGGCACAUAUGAAUACCAUUUAGUUGGUGUAGUGGAGCACUUGGAAACUAUGAGAGGGGGUCACUAUGUUGCCUAUGUGAGAGGGAGCCAGAGGAACAGAGGGAAGGGUGAUCGAGUGAAUGAGGGUUCCACAUGGUAUCAGGCAAGUGAUGCAUAUGUACGUGAAGAUUCCCUUGAUGAAGUUCUUCGCUGUGAGAUUGAGAUUUUCCUUAUUUGGUUUGGGGGAAGCACCAAAUACAGGUUUGGAAAACGGUGGGUUACGUGUGAGCAUCGACACUAG